CUAGUAGCGCAGUGUUCUGCACACUCUACUUCUUCAAGAUGUUUCCCUCUUCUGUAAAGAUACUUCCGGCCGCUUCUAAGAGACACCUCCGGCUUUUAUCGUGGUGCACGAGCAUUGGUCUGGAAACUGAUCAUGACGAUUGUUCUCCUUGUCUACUUGUUGUUGAGGCGGUGGAAGCACACUCAUUGAACUACCUACACUUUAAAUAAGAGAAGUUCGAGUUCCUCUAGUUUGUCUCUACGACUGGAAACACACUACCAUAAUUUUAUUGAUUUUUUUGUACUGACGACUGACCUGCACGAUCAUGAAGUUUUAUUAGUAGAGCAAGCGCUGUGCUCAUGGGUUCCGAGUACUUGACGCUACUUGGUCUCCCGCUGGUGGGAAGAGAAAGAUUUGCAACGUCGAUAGGGCAGUAUGAGUUUGUUAGCGGCUGUUAGCUACCCGCACGAUCCGCCGCCGGACCCGCCUGAGGAGGCUAGCCGCAUGGACAUCAGCGCCAUCAGUUCUUCGUCAGCUUCUACCGCGCAAACGGGCUCAGGGUUUAAGACUGCUUCACCACACAUAGACCUCGAGUUUUACCACGCAGGGCUGAGAGAGAUAGGGCGAGACGGCAUUUGGUAUCUCUCGAGCGCAAAGGGUGGAAACGGUAUAGAGCAGCUGCGCGACAGUAACACAGAGACAUUCUGGCAGUCCGAUGGUCUACUUCCGCACCUCGUCAACGUCGCUUUCCCGCGCAAGGCUUCGAUUACCGAAAUACACAUCUAUAUGUCCUACAAGGUGCUUCUGAGAAAAAAUUCAAUGUUUUGUAUCCUGUUGCACUUGCACAUCACAACUAACAUGUCGUUCUGCUCCACAAAAAUGUCAUUUAUUCCACAUGGUACUUGUUGUAGUUUCUUCUCCACCUCGUUUCAUCACUCAGGUCGACGAAUCCUAUACGCCGUCGCUAAUCUCUGUCCGUGUGGGGAAUGCCGUCGAGGAUCUCAGUGAAAUUCAGACGUUCGAGCUAAAAGAGCCUGAAGGAUGGGUGGUGUUGCCUUUGACUCGCGCAGCCGCCGAGCGCUAUCGGCUUCACGAGCCCGAUAAGAACGCUGACCAAGAGGAGCUCGAGACCUAUUGGAAUGUAUGAGACGCGCCGACGCUUAAAUACUGUAUGAGAAUGGAGAAGCUAGUGCCUCAAUCACUCCUCUUCUUGUGAUCGUUCUGGUUGUUUUUCUUCGAACUAAAGUUAUAUAUACAUAGAAGUAUCUAAUAUUGGUCGUGACUAUAGUACGCCUCGUCUACUAAUCUAAAUGUACUUAUAAUAUAACAAAUUGUAGAAGUACAAUCAAGUACCAGUUCCAUGAUGCUGGCAAUGGCAUCUAGAAGAAGUUGUCGCGUACAGUAUAAGUACUACUUAGCUGCAUCAAGAACGGCAGCAAGAUUCAUAUAUGCUGCAUAGUCGUGGAACUGGAAUGCCGCCACCGACGGCGAAUGGCGUGGUUGCUCGCGACCCAAGUGUUGUUGAGGAAGUGCGCGCCUUCCACCUCCAAAUCGCGCUCCUCGCGAAUCACCAGAACGGACGGGACACGCAUGUACGGCAAAUCCGUAUUUUCUCACCGCGGUCGAGUGUACUACCACCUGUCCUCUCGAACUUGUGUCCAGUAGGCCCACAAACGGUUGACUUGCUUCAGUUCGCGUGUAUCCGAUGAUGAGACCGGAAAGAGCGAAGGAUGACGGUCGAACGCUAAUAUAUAGAAAAUGAUGGGAGGACGACUAACUAUCGUGACACGUCGGCGCCAUAGCGAAGUCGAUCAUACCCCUGUUGUUUCAGGGACAAAAAACAUAGCGACCAACAACAUGAAUAGAAGCAAGAUGCGCUCCUUCUAUCUGGUGACCAGAAAUCAAGUCAUUUUUGUUUGAUGAAAGACAGGCAGCGAUCGCAGCUAGUGCUUGCUGGAAUAUAAUGAUUGUUCUAUUAACAACUUAAGAUUGUCAAAGUAUUCGCACUGCAACAGCAUUCAUGUAGCAUAUUUAACAAGCUAACUGUUGCGACAGGUGCAACUGCAUUUGUGCGGCAACAAGACUGUAGCCUGCUUUACCGGCAUCGUCAUUUAAAGAUGCUGGCAUGAAGAUUCCAC